AUGGGACCAAUAUCACCUUAUAUUGGAAAUUUGAGCUUUCUACGGGUGUUAAGUCUUCAAAACAACAGCUUCAUUCAAGAACUUCCACAAGAAAUAGGUCGUUUACAUAGAUUGGAAGAACUAACUCUUGAUAGAAACUUAAUACUUGGUGAAAUUCCUUCCAAUAUAUCCAAUCGUUCGAAGCUCAAACAUCUUUACAUUAGACGCAAUCUGCUAGUUGGAGAAAUACCUAUUGCACUUGGCCACUUGUCAAACCUAAAGGAAUUAGGCCUUAGCAACAACACAUUAAGAGGGAGCAUCCCUCCUUUUCUAGGGAACUUAUCAUCUUUGGAGAUAAUAUUUCUGCCACUAAAUAGAUUGUCUGGGGUUAUCCCUGAAAUUCUUGGCCAACUGAAGAAUCUUAUCACUUUUGGCGUGGCAAUGAAUAAAAUGUCUGGCAUCGUUCCUUCCUCACUUUUUAAUCUCUCUAACGUCAAAAAACUUGAUAUGGGGGAAAAUAGCUUUCACGGUAGUCUUCCCUCACAAUUGGGAGUCAACAUGCCAUAUCUUGAACUAUUUUAUGUUGAUGGGAACAAAUUUAGUGGAAAGAUAUCUUCAUUCCGAAAGUUAGAAAAGUUGCGAAGAUUGAAUAUUGGUGAGAAUCUUCUUGGUAGUCAGGAAGUAAAUAACAUAAACUUCCUCUAUUCUUUAACUAGUGCCACUGGCUUGGAAAUUGUGGUUAUCAAUGACAACAGCUUUGGAGGGAUAUUACCUGAGUGCAUAAGCAAUUUGUCAACUGCUAUGACCUUUUUUUAUAAGGAAUGCAAUAACAUAGUGGGAAAAAUACCAGCAGGAUUUGGAAAUCUAAUCAACUUGAAGGGGUUGACGGUAGGAGAAAAUCAAUUAUCAGGUUCCAUUCCAUCUGUCAUAGGCAGGCUUCAAAAACGAAAAUAUUUUGCUAUAAAUAUUAAUUUUAUCUCUGAUUCAUCCCCACUUCAUUGGGAAAUUUAA